AUGUCCGAUAAUGGGACUAACUUCCGAGGCGCGAGUAGAGUGUUAAAAGAUGAAGUGGAGCGUAUAUCGACCAGGGAUGUGGAGUCCAAAUACCCAGAAAUGGAGUUCAUGUUCAUUCCGCCAGGCUCACCGCACAUGGGCGGUGCAUGGGAAAGAUUGGUACGCUCAACAAAGUCCAUUCUAACGGAAAUCUUGCCGCCUGGUGGAUUGCGAGAAGAAGUGCUUCGUGCUGCGUUGGCUGAUGUGGAGGGUAUUCUCAACUCACGCCCACUCACAUAUGUACCACUGGAAUCGGCAGACUCAGAAGCGCUUACACCGAACCAUUUCCUCUUGGGCACUCUAGUGGAAUUCGUGAACGAGACAGCGAAAUCCAUAACGGUGACAAGCUUGCCAAAGGAUUCAGAAUUUCGAGCCAGUUAG